GGUCCAUUUGACAUACUUGCGGUAUGGUGUGUGCGGAUCAUAUAAAAAGUUAGUCUUUGGUAGGACAUCCCAUUCGAUUCGCAACUUCGGGCAUGUUUCUUCUGUUUUGAAGAAGCAUUGAAAAAAAUUAAAAGUACCUUCAAUUGUUUCUUCAAAGUUGGUGAAAAUUAUUGUGACAAUGGACUUCAAAGUGUUCUGUGUUGUGUUUGCUGGCUGUUUUUUGUUCGAGUUGAUCCAUGCUGGACCCAUGGUCGAUGAUAAAAAAGGACACAUCAAUUCGGUGAAUUCUGAAAACCCGACAAUUGAAGAGUCCUUACUCAAAAAGCUCAAUUCGAAAUGCUCCAACCAAGAUAUCAGUUCUUGUAUGAUGUUGAAACUUGUCACUUACUUCAACAAGUUGAUGAAAAAAGUGAAUAUCGAUUUAGGGGAAGUUGAAAUCACCCAAACUUCAACUGAACCCAUCAAAGUGGAGAAUUCUAGAAGUAUAAAUGACAUCGAAAAAAUGUCCGAAGAAGAACAACUGACUGAAGUUUUAACCGAAAAAGCAUAUGAUUUCGUCAAGACAAGAUCAUUGAAAUGGAGAGUUGUAGAUGGAGCUGAAGUCGUAUUGUCAGGUGGUUCCAACAAGGACGGUGGACUGAACAUUGGCUUGUCUCUCAGACCUACCAAAGACGGAGUUGAAGAGGGCCGCAAGAAAAAGAAUAAGGGAGGCGACGGCAUGAAUGCAAUUAUUGCUGCUGUUGUGAUGAAAGUCGCUUUAUUGAAAGCUCUUGCAUUCAAGGCAUUGGUUUUGCUGGUAGGAAAGGCACUGCUCGUGAGCAAGUUGGCUCUUGUCUUAGCAGUCGUCAUUGGUCUCAAGAAACUUCUCAGUUCCGAGAAACACGUGACAUACGAAGUUGUAGCCCACCCUCAUCAUGAUCACCAUGAACAUAUUGAUCAUGGCCAUUCUGGAGGUGGAUAUGACGCCCAUGGAGGCAGUGGUUGGGGCAGAAAUUUUGAUGCUCAAGCAGCUCAAAAUUUGGCGUACAGCGCCCAAAUACCGGCAAAUUGAUUCCAGUUGAUUUUAUGUGAUUUUAUUUCAACUUACACGCACCAUAUUGGUGCUGACCAUUCGUUUUAAGUAAUUUAUUACACUAAUUUAUUGAAUUUGCGUUAUGUUGUUUCUGUUGUUCCAAUAAAAAAAUACUCAUUGUUGUUACAUA